CAGCUCAUGGCAUAUAUUCCCUCAGCCCAUCGUAACCCCACUUAUGUUUCCUGAUAUGAAAGUGAGAUCAUAGGACAGCACAACAACUCCAACUUAUAAAAGAGAACUACAGCUUCCACAUAUAUUGAUGCACAUACCUAAAAGGAUCACAACUCUUGUUUAUGUAAACUCUUCCAAAACUAGCAAGAUGGAUCUGCAAAAUAUGCAAAACCAAAGUAUGCAUUUGGUUCUGUCCUCUGAUGCCAAGCCAAGGCUGAAAUGGACUCCUGAGCUUCACCAACGAUUCCUUGAUGCUGUUAAUCAGCUUGGAGGGGCUGAAAAGGCAACCCCAAAGAGUCUUAUGAGGGUGAUGGGGAUUCCAGGUCUAACCUUGUACCACCUGAAGAGCCAUUUACAGAAAUACAGACUUGGAAAAAGCCCACAAUCAGAGGCCUUAUACGAUGAUAAACAUGAAGAUUAUGUAGAAGCUCAAAGCAGUGAUGGCCAUUGCAGCAGGGAAACCACUGUGGGUACCCAGAGUCGGAUGACUGAAAGCCAGCAGAUUGCUCAAGCUCUCCAACUACAAAUGGAAGUUCAGAGGAAGCUUUAUGAACAAAUUGAGGUACAGAGGCAUUUGCAGCUUCGGAUUGAAGCUGAAGGGAAAUACUUACAGUCAGUGCUAGUAAAAGCCCAGGAAGCACUUGGAGGGUACAAUCCUUCUGCUGCAGGAAUAGAACAUGCAAAAGCUGAGCUCUCUCAAUUAGUCUCAAUAAUCAACAAUGGCUGCCCGAGUUCCCCGAUCUCAGAACUGACAGAAACUGGAGUUAUAAGCUUGAAAGACGGAGGAGAGAGGAAGCAAAGCAGAGGGACCAUGUGUUCAUUGGAGAGUUCCUUAACAUCCUCUGAAAGCUCAGAGACAAAGGAAGAGGAGCCUCAAAAAUCUAACCGAACUUCGGUUGAAUUGCAAUUGAUGACUGUUCAUCCAGAAGAUGAUAAAGAAUUGAAUGCUGACUCAAAGAAUCAAGCUUGUGGAAGAAAGAGGAGUGGAACCACUGAUUCUGAUGGUUACUGCGUGGACCAACCAAUCACUAAAAGAUGCGGCAACCAGUCCCGGAAACUUGAGUCAUCUGAAUUGCUUGAUCUGAACAGCCAGUAUCACAGUGACACUGACUCAGACUCGAAAACCAUAGACUUGAAUUGCAGUUCAACGAACAGUUUUAGCUACUUGGAACCUUGAAACCGGAUGGGUUCUAAUGAUUUAUUCAAAUAUGCAGCAACACUAUUAUCAGAAGUUUAACCCGUUGCUUAUAGACUAUGUAUAUUAUUAUAUUAUAUAUCAUAUUUCAAUGUAUAUUCUCUUCAAGAAAAAGUCAUCAUACACAUGUGGUGUGGCACCCUCUCUCGUU